AUGGCGAAGCAUUUUCUAUUUGCAAUAAUACUUCAUGGUGCUUUUGCCCUCACAGUCCUCGUUCAUUCCCAGGAUCAAUUAGGCUUCAUCAGCAUCGACUGUGGGAUACCAGAUGGCUCAAGCUAUAAAGAUGGAAUAACAGAUAUAUAUUACUCUUCAGACUCAAGCUUCACAGAGACAGGUGCAAAUGGGAAUAUUUUACCCCAAUACAGGAGCAAUAAUCCUGAACAACAGUUGUGGACUGUCCGCAGUUUUCCUGAAGGAGCCAAAAACUGCUACACCUUAAGACCUUCACCAGGCAAAGACAGGAACUAUUUGAUCCGAGCGAGUUUCAUGUAUGGGAACUAUGACGGCAAAGGCCAAACCCCAACAUUUGAUUUGUAUUUUGGAGUAAACAGGUGGGAUACAGUUGCAGUGUCAGAUGCAUCAAGUACAAUAUCCAAGGAAAUUAUUCAUUUGUCCUCAUCAGAAGACAUCUAUGUUUGUCUUGUAAACACAGGCUAUGGGACACCUUUCAUAUCAGUAUUAGAGCUAAGACCUUUGCCGAACAAUACCUACAUACCUAAAUCAGGAUCGCUGGAGCUCUUUGAUCAGGCGAAUUGCGGCUUAGUCAAUCAAACUUACAGGUACAAAGAUGAUGUUAUUGACCGCAUAUGGUCACCCUUUGGCACAAGUCUGUGGAGAAACAUUAGUACCAUUCAAACGGUUGAUUCAAGCUACAAUUCUUUCCAAUUACCAUCAGUUGUCAUGAGUACUGCAGUCACGCCAUUAACUACAAAUGAUUCCAUAGGCUUGUAUUGGUCUCCCGACAAUGCAACCUCCCAAUAUUAUUUUUACAUGCACUUUGCUGAAAUUGAAAAGCUUCAAGCAAAUCAGUCUAGAGAAUUCAACAUCUUUCUGAAUGGGAAGUUGUGGUAUAAAGCUCUUUCUCCAAGUUACUUGGUCGCUACUACAAUAUUCAGCCCAACAUACAGAACAAAACCAGACAAUGAAACUUAUUUUCAGAUUUGGAUCAAUAAAACCGAGACUUCAACCCUUCCACCCCUUCUCAACGCUAUCGAGAUUUACACAGUGAAUCAGCUUUUACAAGCACAAACAGACCAAAAAGAUGUUGAUUCUAUCAAGAAUAUCAAGUCAAUGUAUCGAAUAAAGAGAAACUGGCAAGGAGAUCCUUGUGCCCCUAGAGAUUACUCGUGGGGCGGUCUUAAUUGCAGCUACAGUAAUUUUGAUCCACCCGGCAUCAUAUCCUUGAACUUGUCCUCAAGCGGAUUGACAGGGGAGAUAGCUCCUUUCAUUUCAAAUCUCACAAUGAUACAGUAUUUAGAUCUAUCAAACAAUAGCUUAAAAGGAACUGUUCCAAUUUUUCUGUCACAGUUGCAACUCUUGCGAGUUCUAAACCUACAAAAUAACAACCUCUCAGGGUCCAUUCCUAUGGAACUCAUUGAAAAAUCAAAUAAGGGAUCGCUUUUGCUCAGUAAUGGAGGAAAUCCAAAUCCUUGUGUGUUGAGUCCUUGCCAAAAGAAAAAGAAUAUUGUUAUUCCAGCAGCAGCAGCAAUUGUCAGAUUGGUCAUCCUCUUAUUAUGCGGGCUUGCUCUCUUAUGGCAUCUUAAAAGGAGGAAGAAAGCAGAUUUGCCUGCAUCCAAUGAACAAGGUGGGGUGUUAGAAUCCAAGAAACAGAAGUUCACAUACUCAGAGGUCCUGAAUAUUACCAAAAAUUUUGCAAGCGUUAUUGGGAAAGGAGGCUUUGGAACAGUUUAUCAUGGCUACUUAGACGGUUUUCAAGUUGCUGUGAAGAUGCUUUCACCAUCAUCAGUUCAAGGGUAUAAUGAAUUUCUGGCGGAGGCCAAUUUUCUCACAAGAGUUCAUCACAAAAACAUAACUUCUUUUGUUGGAUAUUGCCAUGAAAACACCAAUAUGGGGCUAGUCUAUGAGUAUAUGGCAAACGGAAACUUGGCACUGCAUCUAUUAGAUAAAAAUGCAAGUUUCUUGAGUUGGGAAACUAGACUCAGAAUAGCGAUGGACUCAGCACAAGGAUUAGAGUAUUUGCACAAUGGCUGCAAGCCACCAAUUAUUCACCGGGAUGUGAAGUCUACAAACAUCUUAUUGGAUGAAAAUUUCCAGGCCAAACUCGCUGAUUUAGGUCUGUCUAGAGUUUUCCCUGGCGAAGGUGGAACUCAUGUCUCAACAAAAGUUGUUGGCACCCCAGGGUACCUUGACCCUGAGUACUAUGCAUCAAACUGGUUGAAUGAGAAGAGUGAUGUUUUUAGCUUUGGUGUUGUUCUAUUGGAAAUAAUCACAGGCCGACUUGCAAUUUCUAUAAAUCCUGAGAAAGUUCAUUUAAUUAAAUGGGUUAGUUCCAUGCUUGAAAGAGGGGAUGUUAAGAAUAUUGUGGAUCCAAGGUUAGAUGGAGACCCCGAUAUUAAUUCUGUAUGGAAAGCAAUAGAAGUGGCAAUGAUUUGUGUAUCUCCCACUUCCAUUGAAAGGCCAACCAUGACUUAUGUAGUGAUGGAGUUAAAGCAAUGCUUGGCAAUGGAAUUGGCUCGAGGGCAUGAGGGGUUUGAGACUGAUUCAAACCAAAUUAGUGGAAUUAACUAUGUGCAUACUGGACAGACACCCUUGGCAAGGUAG